AUGACACCAAAUAAUACCCGUAUUAUUCACGAGCGAUAUCCUAUACCAAUUAGUGUCGUAUUGGGAUACUUCUCAAUAAUUACACUUUGUAUAACAAGUCUGGCGCUCCCAUUAUCUCCACGGACGCUCAAAUUUGUUAAUAGAAGCAUUAUAUUACCACUUAUUAUACUCGUUUGUGUAUAUAUAUAUCGUACGUGCUGUACGCACAUAGAGGAUUCCCCCGGACACAGAUUCGGUAUGCCUAGCCACGCGAUAGGAUUAACAUUGCGUGCAAUCGACACAUUGCUCUUCUCUGGUGACCCGCACAAGACCUUAUUUAGAACAUCCUCGCCUACGCCUCCAAGGACCUUCACCGAGCGUUUAAAGUAUUCAAUAGCAUUCUGGAGUACAUUUAGAGGCAUAAACUGGAAUUGGGAGUCAAGAAAGACACCAAAAGCUGUCAAUACUACGAAAAUGAACUUCCUCACAGGACACAUGACUAAUAUCAUUUGGAGAUACCUUUUAAUGGAUUCUAUAGAUGCCUUCCUACGGACUGCUGGUUUCUUUACAGUACCACCUCGCUUAAUGGGUGAGAUGUCUCUUGGGACACCUCUACGUCAUCUAGCUGGCUUAGCUCAUGGUGUGCACCUCUGGCAGCUGAUCGAAAUGAGUUAUUCAUCUAUGGUUAUACCUUGCGUAUUACUCAAUUUGAGCUCUACGAAGGAGUGUCCACCGCAGUUUGGUAGCAUUUCACAAGCGACGACAAUCGCGACCUAUUGGUCAACACUCUGGCAUGGCAAUUGGAAGAAACCUUUCGUUGGCGUAUCACUAGGUAUUGUACGAUUUCUUAGAUUACCAACCAUCUUCGGCAUGAUCGUAACUUUCGUCGUUAGUGGUUUGUUUCAUAGUUUACUCACUUUGUCUUUACAUCGUGGUGAUUUUUCUACUGGAGCCGGUAAAGGUGCCCUUAUAUCAUUCUCAAUCCAACCAAUUGGUAUAUUACUUGAAAAAGUUUUCCAAUCUAAAGUAUUACCACUUAUACCGUCGAAUAUCUCACAGUCAAGAGCAUUCAAAUCACUCUCAUAUGUUUGGGUAAUAUUAUGGUUAUCAAAUACAUCGAUUUAUGCAUUUGAUGAAGUGAAUCAAGCAGGAUUAUUCACUAAGCCACUCCUACCAUUCUCACCAAUUAGCUUAGUCUUAAACAAAAUGUAG